AUGUCAUCAAAUCUACCGAUACCGUGCGCAAUUCGCAACCUUCCGUGUCAAAUAUCAGCCAAACAACCCGUACCUCAAGUCAAAAUCGAGGUCAACGGAGACAAAGAUAGAGAAAAGAGAACGUUCACGACAGGGGAUCUCAUAGAGGGUAAUGCAAUCAUAAGCGUGACUCGUGAGAUGGACUUGGGUCAUGUUGAUAUCACCUUUGAAGGUACCUCUACAACAUCUGCCAGUCGAGCAGUCUCAUUUGUGCCAGGCCGAAGGAAGGCCUCACAUAAGUUCCUUCGCGUCAGAAAGCCAAUCGACAACCUUCAAGAAACACAUUUGGUACCAGGGCAAUUGUACAAAUUUCCAUUCUCUUUCCUCGUUCCAGAGGGCAUCAGCCCGCAACAAUGCGACCAUUCAACCAAAGACGCCGAGGUGGAACAGGCGCACACUCAAUUACCGCCCACAUUUGAAAGCCAAACAUCUAGAUUUUGGCAGUCUACAUCAGGAGGGUGGGCCCCGAAGGCUUGCAGAAUUUCCUACAAAAUCCGAGUAGCGAUCUCAGAGAAGUCUCAGGCUACCAGCACGCCUAGAAGCAAGCUCUGUGAUGUUUCUCGCUCUCUAAGAAUCAUGCCGGCUGCCAGGACAGCAAAGUGUCCCGAAUAUUCGGCUCAAUAUCUGGUCCACGGGAGGCAAAGUGAGUGUCGGUCUAUGGGAAGAACGCUGGGAAAUCUCCAGGUCGCGGCUGAAGAGCCAAGACCUAUUCAGAUUUCAUCUACAACUACCUGGUUAAACAACGUUUCGACUUCUGCGGUUCAACUCCAUCUUGCCUUCGAUUCUACUGCAAAUGCACCCCCACCCCAACUAUGCAAGCUUCGCUCUAAACUCGAGGUAGCUACAUACUAUGGCACAAGUCCAUGGGAAGACUACCCGACAACAGAAGAUAUGGAAUGUUCUAAUACUGAUCGCGAGGCAUGCGUCACGACUACGCCACUUCAGUCUUUGGACUUGACAUCUAUUCAGUGGGAAAAGCUGCCUACAUUCUAUUCGACGGCUAAAGAUUUGGCAGACGCUGCUUCAGUCAGCUCUUCUGAGACAUCCUCACCGCCAUCGUACACUGUUUCUGUUACAGUCCCGGUGAAUCUACCGGAAGAGCAAGCCCUUGUGCCUACUUUUCACUCGUGUCUUGUGUCUCGCACCUACGCUAUUGAUCUCGCUCUCUCAUAUCAUGUGCCAUCCGCCAUCUGCAAAUCUACCCUGAACUUGCGUAUUCCGCUUGAAGUGGUCUUUGGAAGCACGAAAUCUGGAGAAUCGGAAUGA